AUGGGGCAAAACGAGGAAGAGGUUGGCACAUGGUUUGAGAAAGAUGAAGUGGAUCAAGUUGAGAUCCGGACGACUCCCCAGACAGUCUAUUUGGCGCGGCAUGUGGUUGGCAGUUCACAUAAAGAAAACAAAGAGGCGAACAGCCAAAUUGAGAUUUGGAGACAGGCCGUUCGUCGAGCGAAUGAUGUGACCCAGAAAGAGAUGAAACCACAAGAGGUCGCUUUGCUCACCUGCGUUUGCACACUUUGUGGAAACAUCGAUGGGAGAAUCGUCGGUGCCCAUGUCUAUUGCGACAAGAGGCUGGCUUGGGACAACGGCGAGUGGACUGCUCAUGACCUCACAUGUUCAAGCCCCGAGGGCGGCAAGGAGGACGACGAGGUGAGGCAGUCUCGUGAGGCAGCUCGGGAGUACGAGACAGCCUGGGGUCAUCCGGGGACUCGCCGUGGGAUUCGUUCAGGAAAGAGUGCAAAGCGUAGAAGAGACGCUUACAUCAGACACGUCUCUGAGCAACAGUGCGUUGAUCCGUUGGACGUUCCCAUAAUCCACCAAGGUGGCCAGCAGCGACCUCUUUACACGUCAAAGAUUUGGUCUCCAAGUCCAUCAGACGCUGAGGAGGAUAACACUGUUGAUCUUGUUGAGCAGGAUCAGGUCACUUUAGAGGUGUCUUCGGAGGAGGAGACGGUGCAGCUCGCUCAGCAGGUGCAGCCUGUUUGGCUUGGUCCUCGACCUCGUGUGCCUAAGGCUCAGGGUCUGGCUCCGGCUUUUGAGCGAAGGGGUGUGGCUUCAGAAUCUCGAUCUUCUUCAAGGGUGAUCUCUGCAGGGGAAUCGGUUUCAGUACGGGCCACAUCAUCAUCAUCUGCAUCAGUGAGACCCACAUCAUCUGCAUCUCGAAGGCCGCCAGAGCCUGCGGGACCUCCGCCACAGCGAUCUCAGCAGUGUCUUAAGACAGAGGAUCUUCCAGGGGUUCGUGUGUGGAGGGUUGGUGGUGACUUCGUCCCUCACGAGAUCUGGUUGGAAGAGGUGGCAGUGGUUCAGGGCAAGCUGAUUGCUUUUGACUGGCAUCAGGUCACUGACGUGUGCAGGUAUUCUGGGCGUCGGCACGUUCAAGCUGCUGACAACGGACAGGUUCCGGCCGACGUUGCAACUUGUUACAACAAGGUGAAUCGAAGGCUUCGUCUGGGCGAUCUUCAGGUUAUCAUCAGUCACAUCGAGAGAAGUGAGGACAAUUUGCGUCGAGUCCUGAGAGGAGUUCAGCAGCCAAGGUUACCAGAUUCUUACAUCUUCAUCACUGAACGACGGGCAGGGAUUGGUGGCAAGACUGAAGUGGCACAAAAUUUGGUGCACUCUCUGAAUCUCCAGGGCUGGGCCUCUCUUUGUGACGACAACAUUGAGGUAGCUGAGGAGUUCUGCCAGGCAGGAGGGACCGUCUUCCAUACCAAGAAGCCCAGUCUGAGGGGUCAGUUGCCGCGGCAUUGCACAACACGUCCAGAUCUGUGCAAGACUGCGUGGAACGUGCUGCAGCAUAUCUCUGAUCUCGAAAGUUUCAUCUCGACCAGGCAGAGUGUUUCAGUUACGGGGAUUGUGGUUUGGCUGCAAUUGCGCCUCCCACCUUCUUUGCAUUUGGAUUCAUUCCCUGGAUAUUUGCAUCCGAUUUUUUUUGGCAUUGGUUUUGACAAUCCGCUUUUGCAUCACUGCGUCCGUUUAGUUUGA